AUGUAUACCGAACAUGGCAUUGACGAGGAAUGUUUUCAUCUCUUGGACGAGGAUACUUUGAAGGAGUUAAUUCCAAGGAUUGGAACACGACUUCGAUUCAAACAGAAGCUGUCAUUGAACAGGAAUGCUGUAUCGCCAGACCCUCAUUCUGGCGUUGUCCUUCAACGCCAAAAGCGUGACACAUUUGAGUAUGUGCCUAUCAGAGACCUGUUGCUAGAAGUCCUUGAUGCUGAUUUGCUGGAGGCUAUCCGACAGUACAAGACCAGGGAACAUGAGCCUGGGAUUCUUGAAGAUUUUAAAGAUGGCAGUUACUACAAAUCCAACCCAACCCUGUGCGAUCCUGAGACCAUAAGUAUUUUACUGUACUUUGAUGAGUUAGAAACUACAAACCCUUUUUCUCCCAAAGCUGGCACCCAUAAACUGGGUUUGUUCUACUUCACUCUGAAAGAUGUUCACCCAGGACACCAGUCCAGUUUAAAGAAUAUGUUCUUGCUUGCUGUUGCCCUCUCAAAAGACAUAAAGCAUUAUGGUUUUAAUGCAUUAUUAAAUCCAAUUGUAGAUGAUCUGAAAGUGCUAGAAUCCGAGGGUUUGUUGUGUGAUGAUGGAACAAAAGUGCGUGUGGUUUUGGGCCAGACAACAGGUGAUAACUUGGGGCUGCAUGGCAUGCUAGGUUUUGCUGAGGGAUAUACAGCUAACUUUCCUUGCCACAGAUGUUCGAUGCCGAGAGAUGAUGCCCACACUGCAACUGCUGAAGACGACUCCCUGAUUAGGACAGUUGAGACAUAUAAUAGAGACAUAGCCGUUGAUGAUGUUAGUAGAACUGGAGUAAAGAGGAUGUGUCCGCUGAAUGACUUAGUAGAAUAUCAUGUCACUGAUAACCAUGUCUUUGACAUUAUGCAUGACAUUCUUGAGGGGGUUGGCCUAAUAGAGGUAAAACUGGUCUUGAAGGUGAUCAUCACUGAAGGUGUGCUCACUCUUGAUGUGAUCAACGACCGAGUAGUGUCAUUUGAUUAUGGAUUUCCUGAGUCGUCAAACAAACCCUCUGUGAUAACUGAGCAAAGCCUGAAUCGAUCAACUUCUGCAACUGGUCAAAAAGCAGAGCAGGCCUAUUUUCUAAUAAGGCAUCUCCUGAUUCUCAUUGGCGACCUUGUUCCUGAAGAUACAUGUAAUGAUCACCUGCAAGUCAUACGUCUCCUGCUUUCCUGCAUAGACAUCAUCUUUGCCCCAAAAGGGAAUCACCGCAAUUCCCAUGUAUACAGCCGGAUCGCUGAGCUUCUGAAACUAGAAGGCUACGAUCGUACGACUGACCAGUGUCGUAACAAACUAAAAUCAAUGAAGGGAGAUUGGGUCAAGGCCCAUAACAACUUGGGUCGAUCAGAUACCUCAGGACGGAACGGCUUUGGGGACGAAGAACUUGAAAUUUUGGAUGAAGUCCUCGGGACCCGACCGAUCCACAAUCCUCGCCACAUCGUGGAGACAAUGUUUGAUCGGCCCGGGGCUGGACAACAUGAUGGCGAUGGCCGCAAUCCAGUCCGGAUUGUGUCUGAACGCAGUUAG